AUGCUGUCACUGCUGCUGCUGGCACAGCUGGUACUGCUGGAACUGCCACUGCUGGCACUGUCACUGCUCACUGUUGUCACCAUCACUGUCACUGCAGGCACUACAGAGACCCAAAUGGAGAACAAGAUUGUGAUCCUCCAGAAGCCCGUGCUCUGUCUUCCAUUAGCCCACAGUCUCCUGGAUAAUAAGGACAACUUGGCCGGAAAUAAGCAGCUGGAGCCUCUGAAUUAUGCCAAAGUGGCUGUGGAGGCCUUUGUGUUCCAGAGAAAAGUGGAAGGCUGCAUCCUCAGCACUACAUCCCUCCUGUCCCACUGCCUGGGGAAGGGGGAGAGGAUGGCCUUUGUCCUGAGGGAUGUAGAGGGGCUCCUCAGCGAAGGGUCGCUGGUGUCGCAUGGAGGCCAGGACCUGGCGCUGGGGGGCCCAUGCCCUGGCUGGCGGCAGCAGCGGGGAGCAGCCCGGGGGGCGCUGGCACGGGCUGGGACACAGCUCGGGCCCCUCCUUUGGCUGCAGGGCCAGGAGUUGUGUGAGGAGCUGCGUUCCCAUGGGGGAGCCCCCCUGGACCCUUUUGAGGUGUUCACGUUCCACACCUGCAGCACCAUCGCACGCCUCCUCUUCGGGGACCUGGUGCCCCCCCCAGGGGAACUCCGGGCCUUCUCCUGCUGUCUGGGGGAGCUGCUGCAGGUUUGGGGGCGCAGCACUGUGCGGGCUCUUGAUCUGCUGCCCCCGCUGCGGGCCCUACCCAACCCGGGGCUGCGGGAGCUGCUGCGGCUUGUCCAGCGCCGUGACGCCUUUGUGGAGGCCCAGAUCCGGCGGCACCAGGAGUGUCCCUCCCCCCCCUCAGACACAGUUUUGGGGGCGCUGCUGGGGCGUGAUCCCGGAGUGCAGGGGGCUCCCCUGAGCCCCCUCCGGCUGCACAUGGCGCUGGUUGACCUGUUCAUCGGGGGCACCGAGACGACAGCGGCUGCACUGGGCUGGGCUGUGGCCUUCCUGCUGCACCGCCCUGAGCUGCAGGCGCGGCUGCGGGCGGAGCUCAGGGGGCUACAGGGUCCCCCCGGGCCAGGGGACACGGGACGCCUGCCCCUCCUUCAGGCCACCGUCAGUGAGACCCUGCGGCUGCGGCCUCCCGCACCCCUGGGGCUGCCUCACUGUGCCCUGCGCCACACCAGCCUCGGAGGGCUCCCCAUAGUGGCUGGCACCAUCCUGGUCCCCAACCUGCUGGCAGCCCAGCAGGACCCUGUCAUCUGGCAGCAACCCGAGGCCUUCCUGCCUGGUACGUGGGUACCCCUGCACCCCCGGGGCCCUUCCAAAACCCUGGGGUUCUCCACCUGAACCGCUAUCCCCUCCCAGUCCCCUUAUCCCCUGGGUCCAGUCCAAAAACCUAGGGCCUCCUGCAAACAUGUGGGUCCUCCAUCCCCCUGGGUUCUCCCCAUACAUCUGGGUACUCUCCAAAACCUGUGGGUCCUCCUGGUUCCCCCCGAGCCCCCGGGACUUCCCUCAGGUGUCUGACCCCUCCCCAAACAUGUGGGUUUCCCCUGACCCCCUUGGGUCAUCCUCCAAACCCCUGUGCCCUUGUCCUGAACCCUGGGGUUCCUUCCAGAUCUGUGGGUCCACCCCAAACUCCUGGAUCCUCCCAUCCUCCCGG